UUCUAUUUUCCGGUCUUCAGAAGCUAUACGUUGCUAACAGGCGUUGAUGCAGAUUUUAUAACGAAUACUGUGUUCAAGAGACUUUUAAAACACAUACAAAAUAGUUAGUUUAUCCUUGGAGGGUGAUUUAUCGUGCUUUCAUCCGUUAAACCGUGUUUUUGUUGCCUCCCGUUCUUUGUUCGUAGCUUUUAAUACAACGUCGCUGAUCGGUAAACAUAAGUAAAGGCAUUAAAGGAAGAUUAGUGUGUUUAACGGCAGUGUUUUAUCAAGGAGAAGAAAGACUGAAGAACCAGGACGAAGAGGAGAGAGAGAGAGAGACACAGCCGGAGAAGGAGCACUGAGAGCAGCAUGGAGGAGAAGAAAAAGACCCCUGGAGCUCAGAAACCGAAAGGAAGAGAGAGACGUCACAGCUGUCAGCAAUGUGACAAAUCCUUUACAAUAUCUGGAAAUUUAAAGCGACACCUGCUUAUUCAUACUGGAGAAAAACCGUACAGCUGUGAAUACUGUGGGACAAGUUUCACUACAUCAGGUCAUCUAAAAAAACAUCAACGUAUUCACACUGGAGAAAAACCGUACAGCUGUGAAGACUGUGGGAAAACUUUCGCUCAAUCAGGUGCUCUCAAAUCACAUCAACGUAUUCACACUGGAGAUAAGCCGUACAGCUGUGAAGACUGUGGGAAAACGUUUGCUCAAUCAGGUGCUCUCAAAUCACAUCACCGUAUUCACACUGGAGAAAAACCAUACAGCUGUGAAGAGUGUGGGAAAACAUUCACUGCAUCAAGUUAUCUCAAAAUACAUCAACGUAUUCACACUGGAGAAAAACCGUACUGGUGUGAAGAGUGUGGGAAAAUGUUCACUGCAUCAAGUGAUCUCAAAAAACAUCAACGUAUUCACACUGGAGUAAAACCGUAUUGGUGUGAAGACUGUGGGAAAACGUUCACUACAUCAGGUGAUCUCAAAAUACAUCAACGUAUUCAUACUGGAGAGAAACCGUACAGCUGUGAAGAUUGUGGGAAACCGUUCAUUUCAUCAAGUGCUCUCAAAAAACAUCAACGUAUUCACACUGGAGAAAAAAGUACAGCUGGGAAGAGUGUGGGAAAAACGUUCAGGACAUCAAGUAAACUCACAAUCCAGGGCUCGACAUUAUAAAUGGCCCGCUGGCCCGGAAGCACUAUUUAGACACCCCGGGUCACUAUAACGUAUUUUCCACUUGCCCGCUCGGGCCACUAAAAAUAUUGUUUAAAAAAAAAUGUUUCCUGUGGUAUUGAUAUACUUCACUACAGACUAUCGCGCCACCUUACCAUUCGCCAAAAUGUUUUUAAUACCAGCGGUAGCCGGCCAAGCGCCGGGCAAAAAACGAUCUUCAAAUAAAAGAAA